CUCGUUUUGUUUCACCCCAAUUAUUGGCCCAAUUGUCAGCUGUAAAGAGUAGUUAACUUAAACGCCCACACACGCACACGACGACAUGGGCUCAUCCAAGAAGCACAAAAAGAACAAAUCUGAGCGGCGCGAAAAAUAUGAGGAAUAUAGCCAACAUCAAGAUCCCGCACAGUUGCAGCAGCGCGGCCUGAAGUUAAUACUUAAAGUGGGUUCCAAUGCAACGCCCGAGUACACCGCCAAUUCGCCGCUCACCGCACUCGAUGGCCACGGACCGCCAACAGCCGCUGAGGCAAUGAUGUCUGCGGCGCCAAGUAGUCCAGCGGGCGUGCCAGAGGAGCUUCAGUGUGGCGAGCUGGGUCAUCGCGAGCGUCACAAGAAAUCCAAGAAGAAGAAGAAAAAGAAAGAUCGCGAAAAGAAACAUAAACAUCACAAGGAGAAACGCCAUCGUAGUCGUGAUCGACAACACCGUGAACUUUGCUCCGAGGAAAGGCAAGCUGAUGAGCACAACACCUCUGCUGUUUCCGCCGCCGACGACAAUGCGACACGUUGCAGUCCACGCAGUCAGGCGCCAGCAUCAGUGGAUCCUGAUGGCAGUCAGGAUGGUUUUAGCUUUAUGGACGAUGAUCACGAUGAGCAGUCACAGCCACUGCCCGAGAACAUUUUGUAUUACGCUGGUAUUACCACCGACAACUCACCCUCCAAUUGCCCAGUUAGCAAACCCAUUGUACCGCGUAAACUGGACGAGAUUCUGAGUUCGCCGACGUCGUCGUCGAUGGGCAUCACAGCUAGCGCCAGUCCAACAAAACCGUUGCCAGAUUUACUAAUUCCAUCGCCAUCGGGCUCAACAGCGGCAUCCACGCCGGGUGGUGCCGGCUCUCUAAAUGCCUUGACGCCCAAAGCGCUCGAGGCUCCCAAGACGCCGAGCAGCAGCAGCGAAUCAGGGCGAGAGCCUCGUCGUUGUGUGUUGAAGCUCAAGCAACAAAAGUCGCCGUUGAACAAACUAUUGGAGCAUCUGCUGCGCUUCCUGGAGAAACGUGAUCCGCAUCAGUUCUUUGCGUGGCCCGUCACCGAUGAUAUUGCGCCAGGCUAUUCAUCCACCAUCAGCAAGCCCAUGGACUUUCUGACUAUGCGGCAAAAGAUUGAUGAUCACGAGUACGGCGCACUCACCGAAUUCAGCGACGACUUUAAACUGAUUUGUGAGAAUGCCAUGCGCUACAAUCGCGUGGACACUGUGUAUCAUAAGGCAGCCAAGCGACUACUGCAGAUUGGCAUGAAGCAACUGCAGCCGGAGAAUCUGAUACGCACACUGAAACCACUUUCCGGCUACAUUCGCGAGCUGACCGCCAAGGAGCUGGGCUUUGAAAUCAGCAGCAAUGAGCUGGCGGGCUACGAUGCCCACGAUUCGGCGGAUGAGGGCGCCUUGACAGGCGCUGAAGAACCAACGCAGGCACAGCUCGAAGAGGAGGAACGUAAGCGUGUGUUACGCUUGGAAAAUGCACCUAAAACACACUUUGAGCCGUAUGUGGAUGAUUUGACCAGCGAGGAGAUACUCGCCCAAGUGCAGGGCGCCGCAGCGAAGGCCAAACAGCGUAUUAGUGCCAAGCAGCGAGCUCACAAGAUGGGAUUUCUGCGACAACACAAGGAUGGCAGCACCACGCUCAAUUUGCUCAUACGGGAUGAGAACGAGGGACCCGAAAAGGUCGUAACUAUUGGUGAUUUAGUUGGAAAACUACCAACGGGCAGCGGUCAAGUCCAUGGUUUGCACACGGAUCAGCGGAACAAUGUCAAGCCAGUGAAGCCAAUGAACUACGGACCAUUUGCCAGCUUUGCGCCUACCUUUGAUUCGCGUUUCUCUACGCUGAGCGCCGAGGAAACGCAGCUGGUGUUGCGCACCUAUGGCGAUGCCUCCAGUGCCGAAUAUGCCGAGAGCAUUCUUCAGUUUACUAAGGACUCGAGCUAUGGCACCACAAUUGCAAAUGGUUUGCUGGACAUUCUGACGAAUGGGGAGCACAGCAAAUCACUGGAUGAACUCUACAGCAUGCAGCUGCAGAGCUACGAACAGAAGGAGAUCGACAAGUGCUUCACCAAUCAGCAAAAGCAGCGACAAAGCGAACCAUCGACCAGCAACGAGACGAGCGAACAAAUCGAAUUGGAGUAUGAAAAGUACAAGAACACACGACUGGACUUUAAGCGCCUGCGUACGCUCAAGGAUCUGGGCAUUGAUGUGGGUUUCCUUGAUGAAAUGGAAACGGAUAUGAAAAACUUUGAACUCUCGCGCCGCAUGCAGGAACACCUGAGCAAUAACUUAACGCUUAUCGAGAAGCUGCGGGUGAUUCAAAACGAACGAUUAUCGCAGCCGUUGCCUUCGCACCUAGCGCUGGUUCAGCCAGCUGGCCAGGAAGAGACGCAAAUAGCGCAGCAAUUGUCACAGCAGCUAACGGACCUGGCCAAGAAGCUGCCACCCGCAGCCAUUGCCGAUCAAUACGCCUUGCGGAAGGCUAUGGGCAUGUCCUACGCUGGCUUGCCACCACCACCAGCGUCUCCACGCGUACAGCUACCUGAGCUGCUGCAGCAGCCCGUUGCACUGCCACAGCUUCAUCCUGUGGCCAGUAGCAGCAGCAGCCAUGUUCCCAUGGAUAUUGAUGAACCGGAUGUGCACGCUGGCGGCGAUUUGGAGAACGAGCUGCGUGAAUUCCUCGAAAGCGGCUCUGGUAUGCACGCCUCCAAUAAUCCAGUCGAUGACAACAAUAUCGUCGCGCAGCUUCUCCUUAAUUAGAUUCGCACACGCGGAACAAUGUUUAUAACUAAUGCGAGGACGCUAAAUUAUUUUCAUAUAUAUUUAAAUCAGAAUGGCAUUCUCAAUAUUAAAAAGAAAAAAAGAAUCCUUAUCUUAAGUAUAGCAAUAGUCCUUUGAUUGUUAAUAACUUUUCUUGCAGAUCCUACAAUACGGCAAAAAGGAUUUCAAUAAAUUAUAUUUACGAU